UUAUCACCCGCCCGCCCCGAGGCGGAGAGGCGGCCGCGGCGGGCACUGCCCUGCCGCCCCCGCCGGGCCGCGCUGGCGCUGCCGGGGCCGCCCGGCGCCGCGGGGAAACGCCAGCCCCGCGCUUCCCGGGGGGAGGGAACUGCCCCGAGUGCCUCCCGGGGGAGAGGGAACGGCCCCGAGUGCCUCUCGGGGGAGAGGGAACGGCCCGGAGCGCCUGAGGAGCGCCGGUGUUGAGCUGGGUGCGGCGGGAACGCUGUGGGAAAGCUGCCAUUUAGAUGUUGAUACAUAAAGCAAAAUGGCAAAAAUCAACACCCAGCACUCCUACCCUGGUAUGCAUAGCCUGUCUGUCAGAACUACCGAUGAAGAUAUUGAAAGAAUUGGAAAUGGCUACAUCAGAACCCAUUCGCUGUGUGAGGAUGCAUCUUCAGAACUGCAGAGGGUCAUUUCUGUGGAUGGAAGACAUCUAUCUGAGUCCCAGACAAGCUCAUUCACAGGCAGGGGAGCAAUGGCAAGGCUAUCCCGAUUUGUCAUAUCUGUGAGGUCAUGGGCCACGAGACAUUCGCACCAUGAAGACCAAAGACCUGAUUCUUUCUUAGAGCGUAUUCGAGGGCCAGAGCUCAUAGAGGUGUCCAGUAGGCAAAGUAACAUCCGCUCCUUUCUGGGUAUCCGUGAGCAGCCUGGAGGAAUAAAAAGUCGCUGGCCCUUGGCCAGGUUUAACGUCAACUAUAGCAACAACACCAAUGAAGACAAAAAGGAAGAAAAGAAAGAGGUUAAAGAGGAGAAAAAAGAGGAAAAGAAGGAGGAAAAGAAGGAGGAAAAGAAAGAGGAAAAGAAAGAUGACAAAAAAGAUGACAAAAAAGAUGAUAAAAAAAAAGAAGAGAAGAAGAAAGAGAUCUAUGUGAUAGAUCCUUCGAGCAAUAUUUACUACAACUGGCUGACCAUAAUUGCAGCACCCGUGUUCUACAACUGGUGCAUGCUAGUGUGCAGAGCCUGCUUUGAUGAGCUACAAGUUGACCAUAUUAAAUUAUGGCUGUUCCUGGAUUAUGGCUCUGAUAUCAUCUAUGUUUUUGACAUGUUUGUCAGAUUCAGGACAGGCUUCCUCGAACAAGGCUUGCUAGUUCACGAUGAAAAGAAAUUACGAGAUCACUAUACCAAAACUGUACAGUUCAAACUGGAUGUGCUGUCGCUUGUGCCAACAGACCUGGCAUAUUUGAAGCUUGGUUUGAACUACCCUGAACUGCGAUUUAACCGCUUGCUGAGGAUUUCUCGGCUCUUCGAGUUUUUUGACCGUACUGAAACCAGGACAAAUUAUCCAAACAUGUUUCGUAUAGGAAACCUUGUAUUAUACAUUCUUAUCAUCAUCCACUGGAACGCAUGUAUAUACUUCGCAAUUUCGAAGCUCAUCGGAUUUGGAACCGACUCUUGGGUCUACCCGAAUGUGUCCAUUCCAGAGUAUGGGCGCCUGUCUAGAAAGUACAUUUACAGUCUGUACUGGUCAACGCUUACGCUGACAACCAUUGGAGAAACACCUCCCCCAGUGAAAGAUGAAGAGUAUCUCUUUGUGGUCAUUGACUUCCUGGUGGGUGUGCUGAUCUUUGCUACCAUUGUUGGUAACGUGGGCUCCAUGAUUUCCAACAUGAAUGCCUCCAGGGCAGAAUUCCAGGCCAAAGUGGAUUCCAUUAAACAGUACAUGCAUUUCCGAAAAGUGACAAAGGAUUUGGAAGCCAGGGUUAUUAAGUGGUUUGAUUACCUCUGGACCAACAAGAAAACAGUGGAUGAGAAGGAAGUUCUCAAAAAUCUGCCUGACAAACUGAAGGCUGAAAUUGCCAUCAAUGUCCAUUUAGACACACUGAAGAAAGUGCGUAUAUUCCAGGAUUGUGAAGCUGGACUUCUUAUCGAGCUGGUGCUGAAACUGAAACCUACAGUCUUCAGUCCUGGGGACUACAUUUGCAAAAAGGGAGAUAUCGGGAGAGAAAUGUACAUUAUUAAAGAGGGAAAAUUGGCUGUGGUGGCAGAUGAUGGCAUAACCCAAUUUGUAGUCCUAAGCGAUGGCAGCUACUUUGGUGAAAUCAGCAUCCUAAACAUCAAAGGUAGCAAAUCUGGCAACAGGAGGACAGCCAACAUAAGGAGUAUUGGUUAUUCUGAUUUGUUUUGCUUGUCUAAAGAUGAUUUAAUGGAAGCUCUCACAGAAUAUCCAGAAGCCAAAAAGGCUCUGGAAGAGAAAGGGCGACAAAUUCUGAUGAAAGACAAUUUAAUAGAUGAGGAAGCAGCAAAAGCAGGAGCUGAUCCAAAAGACUUGGAAGAAAAAGUAGAAAGACUUGAAACAGCUCUGGAUACGCUGCAGACUAGGUUUGCUAGGCUCUUGGCAGAAUACACCGCAUCUCAACAAAAGGUGAAGCAGAGACUUGCCAAAGUAGAAACCCGAGUGAAAAAGUAUGGUAGUGGCACCUUAUCAGUUGGAGAAGCAGAGGCUGAAAAAACAGAGGAGGAGAAAAAGAAUUAAUGGAGUAUUUAUAUUUCCUUAUUUAUUGGAGAAGGUUGAAGCACGUGAAAGCCAUAAAUGUAUGUAAAUACACAUGUGCAUACAUAGACAUGAUUAUUUUUAUAUGAACUCAAGAGAAUGGUUUUUAGCAUUUUUAACUGAAGCAGUACUCUUGUAAAUAGAACACUGCCACCUUCAUAGGGGGACAUUUGGUCUGGCAUUUGGGUACUUUUUUGUACUGGGAGUGGAUUUCUUACAAGUCAUGCUUGGGAUGUCUAUUACAUAGGGUACCAGUAGGUGUUGACACAUUGUGUCUUCCCAUGCAUGUUGCAUUAAGAAGGCAUUGUACUGAAUAAGGGCUUAAAAAAAUACUUGUAGGGUACGUGCUCUACCUUGCUACCUUAGUAGACAAUUAAAAGGAUGGAUGCAAACCUGGGCUUCUCAAAAUCUUUGGGUUUUUUUUUCAGAGAAGCAUCUGUGCAAACAGUUGGACUAUAGCUAAGCAGCAGGACAUACCUACGUGGUGUAGACCUGUGUGUAUUUGAAAUAGCCGUGCAUCCGGGUGCUUUAAUCUAAUUCUUUCUAGUGAGCUAGGUUCUGCACAAAGGACCGCGCUGACAGAGUAGCAGUGCUCAUUCACGUCCUUUCCAGCAUGGUCUGCAACAGCCUUUGCUGCUCUGCAGCUGCUUCGCUUGGGGAGAGAGUGAGUGGAAGAUCCCCCACCCAUUUUUUUAACGCAGCCCCAUCCACACUGGCAAAACGUUCAGCUCGAAGAGAAUUCCUAGAAGCUCACUGGUGGAAGGCAUGUGUAGCAAUAUGGCUUCACUGAAGUGAGGAAGAAAAAAGAGGGUCCUGGUGCUUGUAGCUCCUAUAUAUAAGGUCUUGAGUGAAUUCCCUCUCAGCAGGUGGGCAGUCCUGGAGGGAACUGUAGGGGCUGGCAGGCAGGGGCAGCCUCUUCCCUCCAUUUUCCCCCCCACCCCCAGCAGGGUUUCUGCAAGGCAGGGAAAAGAAGCACUGUGUUGCAAAGUCCUUCCUGUUAGUAAACCUAUGUUUUCUUCUUCUUUAUUUACUUUAAUGAUGCCUACUCCACCUCCUUUCACUACUUAGCACCAGCUUUUUUACAUAGUAGUUAUUGCACUACCGCAUUUCCACUUCUUACGGAGAGUGAAGGCCACGCUUGCUCUGGUCCUGCUGACAGGAGCCGAGUUGUGCUGGUUGCUUUUCUAGUAGUUGCAGAGUUGUCUCUGCUGACGGUCUGGCUCUGAGGCGAAUGCACAGGUCUGGACCACUCAGCCUGCUGUGACAUUUAGGACAGCACAGUACUGAGAAGGUUUCUUGCGCUGUCAUAUUACAACCAUAGGAUUUGCCUCUUAGACACCCCUCUUGGCCUCCUCCAUCCUGCCGCUUCCACUUUCUUUCCAGGCUUCUCUCCCUGCUGCUGAGGGGAUUUCUGUGAUAUUCCCUAACUAGUUAAAUACUGGUUUUCAUUUUUCUAUACAGUAUUUUUGUGUUGUGUAGCUUCCCGUGUUACUUUUAGCCUUGGGUACCUCACUGACUAAAGAAGAGUCUGGAAUAACAGAAGCUGUUCAGGAUCUAUGGCGUGGGGGCUGGAUCCUCAGCAGUGUUAGUUAUUAACAUGGUCAGUGCUCUGCCUUUUAGUUGUCCUCAGCUCUGAUUGAGCCCUAAACUGUGAGUGGGAAUAGAUGGCCUGUUGGAAAGCUGGUGAGAAACCCACUGAGAAGAGGGUGGUUUACCCAGACGGUGGUGAAAAGAGGUGGUUGCUUUGGCAAACUGAGCACAACUGCUCGGACUAAGCACUCGUCUCUGGGCAAGCAGCUAUCCCUCCCCUGUUGACACUCUUAAGCCUAGUGAGAGAGACGGAUCUGACAGCAACUAAGGAAUGGGGCUUUGUCAGCAGCACUAGCAAAGGGGCCACCCUGUAGUAGGUGUCUACACAUGUCCAAACUCCUCUUAUCAUCAGACUAGAAGCAACUAGACCUAGCUAUCUACUGUAGGGCUCAAGAUUUCCACUGACUAUAAUGAGAACUUUGGAAGGUAGCUGAGACUAUGUGCAGCUGGUAGAGUUCAGGAAUUUUGGUCCUUCAGCUGAAUCUUGUCCUUAUUUUCUCCAAGGGCUUGAAACAAAUGAGAGAGGUAAGAGAGGCUGCUUUUGGCAGGGGUCUCACGCCCUCGCCCCUGCUCUGAGGAAGGCAGGGUUGAGGCAGAGCUGGAUGUUGGCUACUUGCAGUGUACCACUGUAAGCAGACAACGCAAUCACAGGCUGCUGAAUUUGCACCUCUCUCACUUUCUAACAGAGGCAGGUACCACGCUCGCCUGUGGCUGUUUACUGUUGUGUUACUCAAAUGCUGUAUCUGGUAGGGGUUUCAUACUUAUCACCAUGUUCUACAUCAGUCAUCAUUCUCUAUAAACACUGACUACCUACCCAAUAUACUACAGCUGUUCCAGCCUACUAGGUAUAUACAAAUAGAACUGUUUGAAGUAUUAUUUAUAUCAAGUUUAUGUGUUAAUAAAAAAACCAAAACACAAACGAAUGCUUCUUAUCCUGAUGAAUCAGAACAGCUUAAUUUAUCAGUUAAAUACAUGUUUGCUCUACCUUUUUCCGUGCCUCUUAGUCUGGUUUUCACAUGUCCGAAAGAGCUAUUUUGAUGCUAUUCGCUUUGGACACUUUGAAAUAGACAGCUUUUGACAUGGUGAAGUCAUGUCCUUUGACGUUUUUCAUCUCUGCAAGAUGUUUUUUCCCCUUCUUUAAUGUGGCUACAGCAUGUACAUUAAAAUAUUUUGAGUAACAUUCAAGCAGCUCUGUGUUUUCUCUUACGCAUAUGCCCUUGGAUUUCAGUGUUUCAUGACAGACUUUAAUCAUGCCAAUAUUACACGGCCCAGCAAAUCGCUAGCUGGAACAGAGAUCUUCAGUGACAAAACAAAGUGGGAAUAGCAGUGUUCUCCCUUCACUGCAGGGCAGCUCAUGUAUAGCUUUGGUCCUGUGCCCGGUUUUGACACUAUUACUGUGUUUGCAGAUACCACGCAGGCACAAGAGCUCAACUGCUCCCUAAUGGUACUUGGACUCAUGGGGUGGAAAGCCAGCCAGGCUCCACCUGUCUCCUGUCCCCUGCUUCCCCAGCUCCAUGCAGGAUGGCACAGGGGGUGUGCUGCCUCGUUCAGCAAAAAUACAUGCGUUGGCAGCUUUCUGCUACUUGCAUACACAUCACCUUCCAAAAAUCCCCCUCGACACAUGGGACAGGCCCAGCCUGGCAUGGCAUAAGCUCAUCUGGUCCUUCAAUCCCACCAAAAAAGAAAGCAAGGCAUUUAAACACAUUCCCUGUAUCUGCCAACAGGGGGUUAAUGGCCACAGCACUCACUUCAUAGAGGUACUGGAGCCAACUUGUACCAAAGCAGGUGGCCAUGGGCUGCUCCAAGCUGUCUGUGCUGAGCAAGGUGCUGGAUGGGCAAGGCUUGAUGUGUUUGAACACAAGCUGCAGGUACAGAAGAAUGGUAAAACUGGUGGAGUGGCACCGCCACGCUCCAGGUGCCGCUUGGAGGGAGCUGUUGUAGGAAAAGGGCAUCAAGUCAUGGGCCCAGCUCCAUAACAGCAGAAGAUUUAAGUCUUCCUGCUCUCCAAAGUGUCCUCAAUAGCAGCACCCCAUCUUUCCCCCCUCGCCUUAUCCUCUUACUGAUGUUUUACUUAAACAGUUUUUACAGUACAAAGCUCUGCUCUGGAAAAAUUCAGUGGACUGAAUUGUACAACAUAAAAGGUGGCAACAGCAAAAUCGCAAGCGCAUCAGUACAGCUGAGGGUGGGGUUAGCUUGAUCAUGCAGCUCUUUCUGCAAAAACAGCCUGGGGAAGGAACAACCCCUGCAUUUAGUUCUUUUUUUUCUGAGGCAU